AUGCCUCCUGUUGGCGCCGCCCUGUGGCGCUCCCUGCGCGCCCACCAGGUGUACGGGGCCAACACCGACGUCGGCAAGACCAUCGUGUCCACCGUCCUCUGCAACGCCAUCCAGCGCAACCAGGCUGCCCCACGGCUGCCUUCCUCAAGCCCGCAUCUUCAACGAUACGCGAACGGCAUCCUGACAGAAUGCCUGUAUCAGUUCGACGAACCCGUCAGCCCGCACAUUGCGGCGCGACAGAAGUCCCUCACCAUCCCGCGCGACGAUGAGAUCCUCACAGCCGUACGCCAGACCCUGUCCGACUGGGCCGGCACGGGCAUCAACUUCGCCCUGGUCGAGACAGCCGGCGGCGUGCACUCACCUGGCCCUAACGGCAACUCGCAGGCUGACCUCUACCGGCCGCUGCGCCUGCCCAUCGUGCUCGUCGCUGACUCCCGCCUCGGCGGCAUCUCCUCCUCCAUCUCCGCCUACGAGUCGCUCCGCCUGCGCGGCUACGACGUCCACUCCGUCCUCCUGUUCCGCGAUGACUACUACCAGAAUCAUGAAUACCUCCGCACAUACUUCCAGAAGAAGAGCAUCCCCCUCGUGCCGUUACCGUCGCCCCCCGCGCGGCCCCAAUCGCACGAGCCAGACGCUGUCGCGCGCGACGAGGAGGCCAUGGCUGCGUACUACGACCGUGUUGCCCGCGGCACCGACGUGACGGGCCUGCUGGAGGAGCUGACGGCCAAGAACACCGCCCGCAUCGAGCGUCUGGAGGCCAUGCCCGGGCGGGCGCAUGAGACCAUCUGGUACCCGUUUACGCAGCAUCACGGCAUGGCCCCCACGGACAUCACCGCCAUCGACUCCGCCUACGACGAUUUCUUCCAGACCUACCGACCCGCAGCCUCGCCGGAGGGCGGCCUACGCGCGACGUUCGACGGCUCCGCGUCGUGGUGGACGCAGGGGCUCGGUCACGGCAACCCCGACCUAGCCCUGUCGGCCGCAUACGCCGCGGGGCGCUACGGGCACGUCAUGUUCCCGGGCAACAUCCACGAGCCCGCGCUGUCGCUGGCGGAGACGCUGCUGGAGAGCGUCGGCAACCCGAGGCUGCAAAAGGUGUUCUACACGGACAACGGCAGCACGGGGAUGGAGGUGGCCGUCAAGAUGGGGCUCCGGGCGGCGUGCCAUCGUUACGGCUGGGACGCCAGCCAGGAGCAGAUCAGCAUCUUGGGGCUUAAAGGCAGCUACCACGGCGACACGAUGGGCGUGAUGGACUGUUCGGAGCCGUCCACCUACAACAAGAAGGUUGAGUGGUACCGCGGGCGCGGCUACUGGUUCGACUUCCCGCAGGUGCGCCUGUCGCAGGGGACGUGGCGCAUCGCCAUGCCGGUCGACAUGGAGGCGCUGGGGCCGGACCUGCAAUUCGCAUCGCUGUCGGCAGUCUUCGAUCUGGAAGCGCGGGUGCAAUCGGAGGCGGGGCAGCGCUACAAAGAGUAUAUCCGGGCGACCCUGGAAACGCUGGUGCAGCAGCACGGGAUGAAGUUCGGCGCGCUCAUCAUGGAGCCGGUCAUCUUGGGGGCCGGAGGAAUGUUGUUUUGUGAUCCCCUCUUCCAACGGUGCCUUACCGAGGUGGUCCGUGGUCACCCGGAGCUGUUCGAUGAGGACGCCCCGCGCGCCUCCUCCACCCCGGCUGGGCAACCGUCCUGGUCCGGAUUGCCCGUGAUCUUCGACGAGGUGUUCACCGGGCUGUAUCGCCUCGGGCGCCGAACCGCGGCGUCGUUCCUGGGGGUGGACGCGGACGUGGCGGUCAACGCGAAGCUGCUGACCGGAGGGCUGGUGCCACUGUGCACGACGCUUGCCAGCGCGGAGAUCUUCGAGGCGUUCUCCAGCCCGGAGAAGAGCGACGCGCUGCUGCACGGGCAUAGUUACACGGCACAUGCGGUCGGGUGCCAAGUCGCGGUGGAUUCGCUGCGGACGAUGAUGCAGAUGGAGCGGGACGGGUCGUGGGAUGCGUCCCGGCGCGACUGGCAGAGCAGCAGCAGCAGCGACGGCGACAGCCCGGAGGCUUGGAGCACAUGGUCGCACGGGCUGGUCCACGACCUAUCGUACGGGGAGGGGGUGGAGGGGGUGUUCGCGAUGGGGACGGUGCUGAGCAUUUCGCUGAAGGACACGCAGGGCGGAGGCUACACGUCGACGGCGGCGCAGGGGCUGCAGCAGGCGCUGGCGGCGGGCGGGCGGGAGUUUGCGGUGCACUCGCGGGUGCUGGGCAAUGUGCUGUACCUGAUGGCCAGCAUCACAGCCCAAGCCGAGGCACUGCGGGCGAUCGAGGGUUUACUGCGGGCAGCCCUGCUGGACGGGGCUGUAUCCAUACCCGGGGCGACUGACUGACUGACUGACUGACUGCAGACUGCAGACUGCAGACUGCAGACUGUCGCAAGUCCAAAACCCACGUACCUAUAGUCCUCCUCACUAUCCAUCCUACUCCGACUAUAGUCCUAGAUCUUCUGCAUGAUUAAUUGAUCUGCUCGACUUCAUCUGCAGCAUAACUCACCGGCAGCCCGAACAGUGCGCCCACCGCCCACCGCCAAUCAGCGGCUCGGAUAUCCGCUUACGUUUCUCCCUUGGCCCGGUUCUCCGGGUUCUGGGCUUCGCUCUGGCCCUGCUUAGAUGUCUCGGCCUCUCUGUCUAUCCCACCUGGAUGAUCGCAGACAAUUCCUCUCCAAGCGAUAAUCUCGUCUCAACCGUGCCUGUCCCUGACUCAAUACGCAACUCUGUUCCCCUUUAGGUUCCGGCAGCGUGGCUGACAACCAGACAAGGAGGAGCCGCCCUAAUCCACCGUAAACACAACCAUCAACUAGC